UCGCUCCCCACUUCCACCUUUCCCCUCUGCUUCUUCACCUCAUUCAUGGCGGUGACGAAGCUUUUCUCUCUCUACAUUUUCAUGUUUACAUUCUUAUUCUGCAGCCACUACAACGACAAAUCUAGUGCCUUUGCAGUCUCUUUGCCGCCUUCUUCAUCUUCAUCUUCUUCGGAUGUCGAGCUUCUCUUGGGUAAAAUCAGAGCUACCCUUCAAGGUAACGCCGAUAACCUCGUUUUGUCUUCAUGGAAUUCCUCUAUACCGCUUUGCCAAUGGAGGGGACUCAAAUGGAUAUUCGCAAAUGGCUCUCCCCUGUCAUGCAAUGACUUGUCUUUACCCCAAUGGACUAAUCUUUCGCUUUUCAGAGACCCCUCUUUACAUUUACUCUCUCUUCAGCUUCCUUCUGCAAAUCUCUCUGGUUCGCUUCCUAGGGAGCUUGCAGAGUUUCCUAUGCUUCAGAGUCUCUACCUCAACAUCAAUUCGUUGAGAGGGACAGUUCCUAUUGAGCUUGGGUAUAGUUCCUCACUCAACGAUGUCGUUUUGGAUGACAAUAUGUUGAGUGGAGCUUUGCCACCAUCGAUCUGGAAUUUGUGUGAUAAACUCGUUUCUCUUAGACUCCAUGGCAACAUGUUUUCCGGGUCUCUUCCUGAACCGGCAUUGCCCGAAUCUUCUUGCAAGAAUAUACAAUUUCUUGAUUUGGGGAACAACAACUUCUCUGGGGUUUUUCCUGAAUUCAUUACACAUUUUGGUGGGCUGAAGCAGCUUGACUUGGGAAAUAACAUGUUUACGGGUUCAAUCCCUCAGAGCUUAGCUGGGCUAAAUAGGCUAGAGAAACUGAAUCUUUCUCACAACAAUUUUAGUGGGGUUUUACCUACUUUCGGUGAAUCAUCCAAAUUUGGUGUGGAGGUUUUUGAAGGAAAUAACCCUGGCUUGUGUGGGGUACCUUUGAGAGCUUGUAGUGGAACUCCUAGAUUGAGCUCUGGUGCAGUUGCUGGAAUAGUUAUCACUCUCAUGACUGGAGCUGUGGUUUUAGUUUCUUUGCUUAUUGGGUAUAUGCAAAAUAGAAGGAGGAAGGGUAAGGGAGAUAGUGAAGAUGAAUUGGAGGAAGAUGAAGAUGAUGAUGAAGAAAAUGGUGCUAGUAAUGGUGCUAUAGGCGUUGGUGAAGGCAAGCUUAUGUUGUUCCAAGGUGGUGAGAAUUUGUCAUUAGAUGACGUGUUGAAUGCGACGGGACAAGUUAUGGAGAAGACAUGUUAUGGGACUGUUUAUAAGGCAAAGCUUGCUGAUGGAGGAACCAUUGCUUUGAGGUUGUUGAGAGAAGGUAGCUGCAGGGACAGGGCUUCGUGCUUGCCUGUUAUUAAGCAAUUGGGAAGGAUUCGUCAUGAGAAUUUGAUUCCUUUGAGAGCCUUCUAUCAGGGGAAGAGAGGAGAAAAGCUUCUUAUUUAUGACUAUCUUCCUCUCAGAACUCUUCAUGAUCUCUUACAUGAAACUAAAGCUGGAAAGCCAGUGCUAAACUGGGCCAGGCGACACAAGAUUGCAUUGGGAAUAGCCAGGGGACUAGCAUAUCUUCAUACAGGACUUGAUGUUCCAAUCACUCAUGGAAAUGUACGAUCCAAGAAUGUGCUAGUUGAUGAGUUCUUCGUUGCCCGGCUCACUGAGUUUGGGCUGGACAAGCUAAUGAUUCCUGCUGUAGCUGAUGAAAUGGUGGCACUUGCGAAAACAGAUGGCUGCAAGGCUCCAGAGCUUCAAAGGAUGAAGAAAUGUAACUCGAGGACCGAUGUUUAUGCAUUUGGGAUAUUACUGUUGGAGAUAUUGAUAGGGAAGAAACCAGGUAAGAACGGGAGGAGUGGGGAGGUUGUGGAUCUGCCUUCCAUGGUGAAAGUGGCAGUGUUGGAGGAGACCACAAUGGAAGUGUUUGAUGUGGAGCUUCUGAAAGGGAUAAGGAGUCCAAUGGAAGAUGGGUUGGUGCAAGCACUGAAGGUAGCAAUGGGAUGUUGUGCCCCAGUGGCUUCAGUGAGACCAAGCAUGGAGGAGGUUGUGAGACAGUUGGAGGAGAAUAGGCCUAGAAAUAGGUCUGCUUUAUAUAGCCCUACAGAAACAAGAAGUGGCAGCGGCACCCCUUUUUGAAUGUGAAUUUUACAUUCCAGUAUGCCAAUUAGGUUACGUCCGUUUAUUCUGUGCUGUGACUGUUUCGGAUUUGGAUUUUUUCUUCUUCUUUCUCUUCAUUUUUUCACUAGAUUUUGGAAAGAGAUAGACAGUCAGAGUAUUUGUGAUCUGUUUAAAUAGUAGAUAUGUGACUCUUUUGAGUGAUAGUGUCCAUAAAUUUCAUGUCUAUCUCUCCCUGAAAUGGAUGAGAAAUGGUUGGAAGGAAUUGGAAAGCAUUUAAACUCGUAUGCAUCUUAUUUUAAAGCAAUUUUAGU